AUGUCUCCCCCAUCCAAUCGCUCGUCCCUAGAUACCCUGCGCUCGAUACAUGAACGCGGCCGCAGCAUACACACGACCACGCCACCCCAGUCCCUCAAGCUCCCGUCUCUGCCAGCGUCGAUACGCAGCUGGUUUGGCUCCGAGGACGGCAGGGAAAAAGAGAACGUGCAUCCGCUGCUAAGCGAGGAAGACAGGCGCGCAGACGCACAAGCCGAAAGAGAGCAUAUCAGGAAAAAGUACUUUGCCCCGAAGAACCCCGUUGUAUUUUGUCAUGGUCUCCUCGGCUUCGACACCGUCACCCUCGGGCCCUCCAUCGCUCCUCUGCAGGUUGCCCACUGGCGCGGCAUUAAGGAGGCAUUCGAGGCGAAUGGCGUCGAGGUGCUCAUGACUCGCGUGCCGGCCACCAGCAGUCCGAUUGACAGAGCAAAGGUGCUCGUGAAAAAAAUCGACGAGGCCUAUGCCGGGCGGAGUGUCCAUCUCAUAGGACAUAGCAUGGGUGGCCUUGACUGUCGGUAUCUCACCACGCACCUUACUGAUCGUUCUUUCCGCGUGCUGUCUAUUACGUCCAUCUCCACGCCUCACCGCGGCUCUUCUUUUGCGGACCAUUUCCUGACGACCGUCGGGCCAUCGCGGAUGCCGUCUGUUCUUUCUUUGUUGGAUCUUCUUCCGAACGGCGGCGGAGACGGGAAGGCGUUCGAGUUCUUGACGGUAGAGAGCAUGCGGAGAUUCAACGAGCGCACGCCUGAUGUGGAAGGUGUCAAGUACUUUAGCUGGGGUGCUCUGUAUGAGCCCGGCAUGAUAGAUACGUGGAAAUGGCCGCAUUCCGUAAUUAUGGAGAAGGAAGGCCCCAAUGAUGGACUUGUGUCGCUGAAGUCGGCGCAAUGGGGAACGUAUCUCGGUACGCUUGAAGGCGUGAACCAUCUCGACUUGAUCGGAUGGGUAAACACGGCGCGCUACAAGUGGGCAGAGAUCAUGGGGCGCGAGGUGAAGUUCAAGCCCGUCACGUUUUAUCUGGGCAUUGCGGAUCAUCUCGCGCGUGUUGUGGAGGGACAGGCGCAAGGAGGGCAAGGCAAAGGAGAGAAUAGAGGUGGGAAGCGAGAGAGCACGCCGGAGAGGGAGGAGCGAGAGGAGAUCGAGAGAGAGACGGAGCGGGCAGCGAUGGCGGACAGCCUUGGGAAAGGGGACUCUUUCGUGAGAGGGCAUUCGGAGGAUAAGGGAGGGAGUGGGGGUCGAGCACCGCACAGGCCGACGAGGGUGUGA